CUGCUGCAUACAAUAUGUGAUUCGUACUGUAAGCUGCAGCAGCUCCCGCCUCAAGGCUGCAGAAAUACGUCUUAGAACAUACGCCACCAACCGUUUGAUUUCUUUUUAGUAGGUACUUUUUGCUGAAAAUAGUUUGUUAAGUUCCCUCAACACUUCUGCAACCCACCAACAAGAAGUUCAUCGAAAACCACAAAUCAUUUCCACAACUAAGUUGCUUGAACCUGUCCGUAUCAUGGCAAACGUAACAGUCAACGGUGUAGCUCUGGUUACAGGGGUAGGAUCUGUCAAAUCUGUAACAACUGAUUGAUUACUGACACACUUACUUAUAGGGAGCAGCAGGCAUCGGCGAAGAGACUGGCUUUGCAUUCGCCCAAGCAGGUGCAUUAGGCGUUAUAUUUGCCGACCUCAACCUUGAAGGGGCCAAAGCGAGUGCAGAGAAGAGUAAAGAAUUCGCUACCAACCCUCAAUACCGAGCCUUGGCCGUAGGAGUGAACACCACCGAGCCAGAGAGUGUUCAAGCGAUGGUCGAUUUCACCAUCAAGGAGUUUGGUCGAAUUGAUUACUUCGUCAAUAGUGCUGGAGUAAGUGCAUCGAAAACUUUCUUCUCCUGAGUAUACUGACCCAUAUUUGCAUCUUGAAGGUUGGAGCGACAUCUCUCGCACCAACGUCCGAUAUCGAUAUUGAUAACUUCGACAAAACACUUGCUGUGAAUGCUCGUGGAACAAUGUUAUGUCUUAAAGCUGUGACGAAAGCUAUGAUCGCACAGGAACCAAGAAAGGUCAAGGGUCGCCAUGGCGAUGAGCGCUCGUUGGGUCGCGGAUGCAUCGUGAACCUUGGCUCUGGAUUGUCAUAUGCUGCAGGCCCAGGAAUGAUGGCUUAUGUCGCGUCGAAACACGCAGUGAUGGGUAUUACUAAAGUGGCUGGUGAGUUCUCAUAUUGAGCUUCUUGAGUAUAUAUAGUGACUGAUAUCUUCGACAGCGCUGGACAACGCAAAGCACGAAAUCCGUGUAAACGCACUUUGCCCCUCAUGGGUAAAGACUCCCAUGUUGGAACGAAGUUUGGGUCGUUGGGCGGGACUUGAAAAAGUUAUCCAGGCUGUCUCGCCAGCAAAGAGAGCCGCUACGCCAGAAGAAGUAGCUAAUGUUGCCGUCUUCCUUUGCAGCCCUUCGGCUACCUAUGUCAAUGGGACUGGCUUGUUGAUUGAUGCUGGAAUGAUGGUUACUGCGCACGCGGGUUAAGAAACGCUUCGCAGCUGAUAGUAAAUUAAGAUUACAUACACUAUCUGCGUAUCAGAGUAGAACAAGUAAUUAUGACAAUUAGAAAGAACUUACCAUCAAAUAUGAAUACCAGGCCCAACCUGGAUACUAAAGUACUUCAUCCGGAUUUGAAAAAUGAUAGGUGAAAGAAAAUUCCAUUUGUUCUUAGAUUGUUGUCGGCUUGCCGACACCAAACCUUGCUAUACGCGAGGUUUACCUAG